UUCCAGUACACGACGCCAACGCAUAUUUCAUGACGAUCGUUCAGCUGUUUAGCGCAUCGGUUUUACAGCCUUGAUUAUUAUUACGUAACGAAACGCGUUGGUUCGGGGAAAGACGUCCACCGCGGAUAGUAUUAUUAUCGCGUAUAUACGGCGACUGCGCGCAUUUUUAGCCGCUCAGUCGGCGGCACGCGCCUCUUUCUAUUUCUGUACCGUUAUACACACACACAUCGGUCCUUGGCACACGAUCGACCUAGCGGCGGCAGCGGCGAUGGUGACCGGUGUGGAAGCACAGCGGCGGCGGCGGCGGUCAGUCGGCGGCUCGCAAUGGUGCCGGUGGGCGACAAGAGCAGCACCGGGUCAUCGUCGGCGGCGUACAACGCGGCCGGCGCCGACAACCCCAAGGAGCGGCUGAAGGAGUGCUGCCGGAAGUUGGUGGCGUUCAUGUGCACGCAGGUGGGCGUCGGCGGUCUGGUGGUAGGCUACGCGGUGGUGGGCGCGUUCUGCUUCAUACAGAUCGAGGGCCAGGCGGGCGACGCUCAGCACCACGCCGUCCAGCAGCUCCGGCACAACUGUUCGGUGAACGUGUGGAACGCCACCAACACGUACAACGUGCUGUACCGGGACAACUGGACGCGGCAGGUGACGGACGCGCUCACGCACUUCCAGGUCAACUUGGCGCUCAUCGUCAAGAAGGGCUACGACGGCCGGACCACCGAGGAGACGUGGUCGUUCUCCGCUGCGCUCAUGUUCUCCCUGUCCAUAUUCACCAUGAACGGUUACGGUAACGUCGUGCCCAAGACCAUGUUGGGCAAGUCCGCCACCGUCGUCUACGCCGUGUUCGGCAUACCCCUGUACGUGCUCUACUUCCGAAACAUGGGAAAGGUGUUGGCCCAGAGCUUCCGGUGGCUGUACACAUGGGUGUACCAGUGCAGCAUGGAAGACAAGGCUGGCGGUGACCCGUAUAACCAGCAGUUGCCCCAGAAGUCGAGGGUGAUCGUGCCGUCAACGGCUUGCCUGUGGGUGCUGGCGGCGUACGUGGCCACCGGCACGGUGACGUUCGUCACGCUCGAAGACUGGUCGUACCUGGACAGCACGUUUUUCUGCGUCACCAGCUUAUGCAAAAUCGGCAUCGAGAACUUCGUGCCGGUUGGCAGCGUCACGGACGCCGCGACCGAUCACCCGAUGAAGCUGGUCAUCAAGUUCGUGUACCUGCUGCUGGGCAUGGGCAUCAUAGCCAUGUGCUUCGACCUGAUGCGCGAAGACGUCCAGGUCCGGGUGAGGAACCUGAAAAUGGACAUCGGGCUGUGCUUCGAAGACAUACGGCUGCGGGCCGUGGCCGUGUACAGACGUCGAAACUCAUUCGAUUGACGACCACACACUUCAUAUGAAAAACAUAUUUUGAUCGUAUACGCGAUCUCUAAGCAUAUAAGAAUUAAUAAUAUUGUAAUGUCGUGUAACGAUAAACGUCCGUUAUUUAUGUUUCGAACGUAUAUUAUAAUAAUAUGUACCUUUUAUAAUAAUUAUAUUUUAUGUACCUACGACGAUUA